AUGGAUACAUAUUUUGAAACCGUUGAAGAGGACGAAAAUUCUCAUACCAUAGAUAAAAUUCAUAGCGUUCCGAAUAUAAAGAAUGUCAAAAAGCCUCUCGGGAUUAUCAUAGAUAACGGAAGUUAUCGGUGUAGAGCAGGAUGGUCCACCGAAGAGAAUCCAAUGAUCAGCUUCCGUCCUCUCUGCGCUAAAUUGAAGGCUAACGAAGUGAAAAAUCUUGAUUUUGUUUCUGAUGAUGAUACACUAGUUUUACAGAAUGGUGGAUAUCUAGUUGGAAAUGAUCUUCAUCCUUUUGAUUAUUUACGAUACGGUGCAAAAUCACCUUUUGAUAAUGACAUUGUUACAAAUUUUGAGUAUUUUGAACAAGUCAUGGAUUAUGUGUUUUAUAAGCUAGGAUUGGCAUCAUCAAAGAACAUAUCACUAUCAGAAAUACCAUUGGUGUUUACAGAACCAAUUUUAAACCCUGCUUUUUCUCGACAAUCCACACUUGAAAUACUAUUUGAAAGCUAUGGAAUACCAUCUAUUAAUCUUUCAAUUGACGCACUUCUGAGCUUAAAACAAACUCUUUCUGAAAACAAUAUUUCUAUGGAUAACACCAAUGCUCUUAUCGUUAGGUCUGGUUUUCAUUCAACGCAUGUUAUUCCUAUUUUAGAUGGUGUGACUCAAUGGAAUUCUUGUAAGAGAUUGAACAUUGGAGGUUUUCAUGCAACAGAUUUGAUGCUAAAAACAAUGCAAUUGAAGUAUCCAAACAUUUCAACAGAAACAACAAAAUAUUUCAUCCCUAUUUAUGAAGCUCUUGGGAUCCCAUCUCUAUCUGUUAUCAAAGCAGAAUAUUUGAAGGAAAAAUAUUGUUAUCUUUCUCAAGAUUAUACGCACGAACUGCAAUUGAUGGCAGAAAAUCAAGAAUAUUACAAUAGCCACACAGUCCGAGUUUUCAACAAUAAGCAUCAAUAUGAGUCCUUCAUAACAACACGAGAUACUCCUUCUACAAAUACUUCAGAUACAUCUUCAGAACUGCAAAUACCUGAAUUCAAAACUUUGAGUGCCUGUGAAAAAUGGCUUACUGAAAAACGAGAGGAAUUACAACAGCUUCACUUUAAAUUGCAAAAAAUGCAAUUUACGCUUUCUUCUCAAACAAAGGAUCAUACUUUAAAAAGUAAGAGAUCGGCUGCCUCGGUGCAACGUCAAAAAUCAAAAAUUGCUGCUGAAAUCCACGACGCUGAAGAUGAAACGUUUGAGGAUUGGAGUUUGUAUGAUGGGUUACAAAAAUCUAAAAAGAAGAAAAAGAAAAAGUCAACAAAAGAAGACGUUGUUGACUCUAAACAAGUCAAAAAAGUUUCUAGACAAGUGGAUGACUUGAGGAAAUUAAUUCAGGAAACAGAGCUUAAAUAUUUUGGAGAAAAGAAGACAGAGUACUUGAAAGAUCACUUUGUAAAACAAUACAAGAGGAACACUUCGGAUCCUUUAGACAAUACAGGAAUAAGGUUGACAGUAGAGAGAAUCAGAAUACCAGAAAUAAUUUUCCAACCUCACAUGGCUAACAAGGAUCAAAUUGGCCUCUCAGAAAUAAUAGAAAACACUCUCCAGGAAUUCAAUUCUAGCCAACGUGCAGCCAUGAUUCGAAAUAUUUUCAUUUGUGGAGGAAAUACUUUAUUUAAGGGAUUUGAUGAACGAAUUGAAAGCGAGGUUAGAAAAGUUUCUCCUGUUGGAUCAGAAAUUAGAGUCAUUCAUGAAAGCAAUUUUGAUACAUCUGCAUGGAAAGGCGGUCGUUCGUUACUUAUCGAUAGCUCAGAAAAUGACUCCUAUUGGAUGAAAUUAAGUGAUUAUCAGGAGCAAGGUGCUGAAAGGAUUGCUCUCAAACAACACCCAUUCUCGAACAUUGUAUAA